UAUAUUCAGGUUAUGCAUGAAUGGUUUUAUAUAAAUUGACCAUGUCCAUGCCCGAUCGAUAAUACUUCAUGAUAUCUUUACGUUUAUGCGAACUUUAAGCGAACAACGACUAUGCUUUGGAAACAAUUUGUUUGUCUGCUUUGGGUAUUUUCGUCGUAUUCGUCUUCGAUAUUGUCCAAAGCACAAACAAUCGAAUUAACGGUUAGCCAAGGGCAGUGGGAAGCUUGGAAAUUAGCGUACGGUAGGAAAUAUGUUGAUUUAAAAGAAAACGUUCGCCGUGAGGCCAUAUGGCGUGCAAAUUUAAAGAAAAUCCAAGAUCACAACAUCGGAAACCAUAGCUACACGUUGGCCAUGAAUCAGUUUGGUGAUCUAACGGAGAAUGAAUAUAGAGAAACGAUGUUGAGAAACAAGUUUAGCACUGGUGUGAAACGAAACGGUUCUACUUUCCUACCGCCUUCAAAUGUAGAGCUGCCUUCAACUGUGGACUGGCGCGAGCAUGGUUACGUCACUAGAGUAAAGGAUCAGGGUGCUUGCGGUGCAUGCUGGGCUUUCAGUGCAACUGGGUCUUUAGAAGGUCAACAUUUCAAGAAAACGGGAAAGCUGGUUGAGCUAAGCGAACAGAACUUAGUUGACUGCUCGUUCUGGUAUGGAAAUCGAGGCUGCAACGGUGGUUUAAUGGAUAACGCAUUCAGAUAUGUGGCAGACUAUGGUAUUGACACAGAAAAGAGCUAUCCUUAUGUUGCUAGGGAGAACACGUUUUGCUGGUACAACGAAGAAAAUGUUGGUGCUGGAUGUUCAGAUCACGUGGAUAUUGAACAAUUCUCUGAGUUUCUGCUGCAUUUGGCUGUUGCUACAGUAGGCCCCAUAUCUGUCGCCAUUGAUGCAGAUCACAGCACUUUUCAAUUUUAUUCGAGUGGAGUAUACGAUGAAACAAGAUGUAGUUCUACAAAGUUAGAUCACGGUAUGCUUACGGUUGGGUAUGGUACAUUAAACGGCAAAGAUUACUGGCUCGUCAAAAACAGUUGGGGUGAAUUAUGGGGCUUAAAGGGAUACAUUAUGAUGUCGAGAAAUAAAAAUAAUCAAUGUGGUAUAGCAACGCUUGCCAGCUAUCCUCUGCUGUAGCUGCAUACCACCUUAGCACGCUCUAAGCACGACAUUUUUCGAUGAGCCGGGUACUUUUAUGGUUUAGCUAAAUGAUGGUUCAUUUCGAUGAAGAUGAAUGUAGUUGAGGAUGUGAUUUUUUUAUCAUAUUAGAUUUUUAGAUGAUCAUAUCCUGCACACGUUUUUGUUAUGACUCGUCAACUGCAUGCACUGGGCCGUGAAUAACAGAGAAAGAACUAUGUUAAAUGUUAAAUAUCAAAACAAUCAUAUGGUUAAAAAUAUAUUCAAAUUCCCUAAUUUCGUAAAAGUACUAUGGCUAAUGUACAUUUGAUAUAGACGAGGAGUUUUUUGAGAAUGUUUCGACAAAUUUCUAUUCUCAAAAAAAUCGUCGUCUAUAUUAAAUGCAUAUUUAAAUCCUGAUUACAGAAGACUAUCAUACUCAGCUGAAAAAGCCCAGAAGCGAAACGAUUUGCACUUGCUUUUGUUUUCACGAUAUUAUACGUAGAAAUCUUG